AUGAGGCCUCUUACCGCAUUACCCACACUCAUCGCACUUUCUUUCUUUCUUUUCCUCUACUUGGCUCCCGCGCAGCAGCAACGCCACUCGCUUCACCGUCGCGUAGCCCAUGCCUCUGAACUCGAUUAUAAGCGGGCGGGCAUUCUUGGAGGCGGAGACGACGACUCGAGCACGACUACUCCGGCGUCUAGCACGACCACCUCCUCGACCACCACAUCGACUACGACGACUUCGAGCGAGACCUCGUCGUCGACUACGACUACAGAGUCCUCGACGACCCAGAGCAGCACCGCGGCAACUUCCACUACGCCAUCAGCCUCUGCAACUACACCCGGUAGCGCUACGACACCAGCCGCGUCAAAUACUCAGCCGUCCAACUCGCCUACACCGUCUCCGUCCUCGCUUACAACUACCAACGCCGCCGGCCAAACGGUCGUUCAAAUCAUCUCGGACACGCCCACGGCCAGUGCCAGUGCCGCGAGUGCCACCAGCUCCAGCGCAGGCUCAAACAAGAACGAUGACGACGACGACUCUGGCGUGUCAACCAGCACCAUCGUUGGACUGAGCGUUGCCGGCGGCGUUGCUGUGCUGGGUAUCGUCGCCUUCUUCAUCUGGAAAUUCACCAGGAAACGGUUCCAUGACCUCGACGACAAUGAAGCAAUCAAAUGGCCCGAAUUGAACGCACACGACGGCGCAACGCCGGCAACCCGCGGCUUUGACGAUGAUGGCGCCUCGAUCCGCCCUGGCGGUGUCGGCGGCGUGAACAACUACGCUGCAUCCGUUGGCGCAACCUCAACGACAGAGUUGUACCCGGCAGGCGCAGACCCAUACGCUGUCCCACCUCUGCCGCAGUUCAACCCCGCACAGCCCUACCGCGACGACCCGAACGCACUAUACGACCCCUACGGCGGCCCUAAUCUCGCCGCGCCUUCGACUGAGAAUAUUCCGAUGACACAGUUGGCUGGAAGGAGAAGUCCGGCACCGUUCGCGGGGUACGAUCAGGGCGGCAUGCCUCUGCCAGACGAGCGCCCGCGCGCAAGCGUCGCGAACCUGAUCGGCCGGUUCGAGCAACAGCAGAAGAAAGCUCCUCAGUCCUCGAACCCUUCUUCGCGCCCGACUUCCGUCGUAUCACAUACCACCGGCGACAGCUCCAAGGAAGAAGCCAAAGUCCAACGAGAAUGGCCGCCCGUGAUGACGCCCUCGCUAACGCGGACGUCGUCGGCCGCGACGAGCCCGCCUACGAACCCGAGGAGAAGCAUGCAUUUCGUGUCGCCGCCGCCGAGCAUGCAGCCGUUGCCGGCGGCUGUGACUCCGCCGCCUCAGGCUGAAGCGCCGAUUAUUCCUGAUGAGCCUGCGCCCGAACCUGUUCCGGAGGUCAAGGAGCCUGAACCUGCGCCUGCGAACGAGAAGCCGAAGCCUUCGCCCGCUACGCCUAUUGCCAAAGCAAAGUCGGCUAACCCUGCUCCUCGUACUUCGGCAGCUGCCGUCUCCCGCGCGCAUUCGCGUGCGUCCACUGUCACUCCGGCGAAGACCACACCCGCACGGCCGCCUGGCCCACCGAAAGUGCCCGUGAACGUGACGCCCGUCCGUCCAAAGACGCCCGUGCGGUCCAAGACCCCCUCCGCGCGUCCAUCAAUGGGCACACCCCGCACCGCGCCCCGACCCAGCACAAGCGGCGGACGCCCAAAGACGCCCUCCGCCUCCACACCCGCCAAACCGCGCGAAUCGCUCUCGCAUUCCACAUCCGGCGCGACAUCGCGCCUGUUUGCGCCCACGGCUGCGUCACUGGCCCGAGCUGGGCAACUGCCUGCUAAAGACGACAAGAAGGACACGCCGAAGAAGCCUGCGCCUGAUCUGAGCAGGUUGAGUAAGCCGACUGCCGCUUCUGCUGCUAAGGGUCGCGCGCCUGUUGCUGUGCCGACUAGUCCGCCCAAGACGCGGGGUACGCCUGUCAAACGCGGGGCGCCGACGACGAGAGGGGCGCCGGCUGCGAGAGGUCGGGGUGCUGCGCCUGUGGCGAAGAAGGUUGUGGCGGGCGCCGCUACUGCGGGUGCUGGGGCUGCCGCCGUCAGAACGGUAGAGAGCGAGGCGCAUGUGGAGGAUGCCGCGGCGUUUGAGGAGCAUCAUGAAGUGGAUGAUGCGGUCGUCGAGGAGCACAUCGAGGAACCUGCUCACGAGGAGGAGCCCGUGCACGAAGAAGAGCUUGCCGAGCCAGAGCCGGAACAUGUCGAGGUCGAGGCUGAAGAGCCAGUGUCUGUCGACCCUGCCUCUGAUCUGCACCACGCAGACGAGGUCGAGCCCGAGCCGGUUGAGGAGGACGCGCACGUCGCGGACAUCGCGGAGUCCGAGCAUGAUCACGAGACCGCGUCUGAGACCGCAGCGGAGGAAGAGGUCGUUGAGGAGAGCAAGUCGCCGAGGGUGCAGGACGAUAUACUGGAUAUGGUCAGCAUGCUCGAAGGGAGCAAGAUCUCGCUCACUGCCGGCGAGAUUCCGGAUGAGGAAUAA